CAGGCCUGGAGAUGACGCUGCUCGUGGACCUUCCUCAGUGAGCCAUGACGGAAUGGCCGCCGCCCACCAACUGGACGGAGAUCUCCUCCACCGUCGCGGCGGACGAGGAGGAGGAGGGGUUGGCACACCUGCAGCGCGUCGCCGUGCUGGUCUGGCUGUACGGCGUGGUGCUCACGGUUGGCGUGGUGGGUAACGUGGCCAUCGUGGCGGCCAUCACGUCGCAGCCCGGCGGCCGGUCGCGGUCGCUGCUGCUGCUGCAGCUGUGCGCCUCCGACCUGCUCGUCUGCGGCGUCACCGUGCCCGUGUCCGCGGCCGCCGUGGCCUCCGCGUCGUGGACGCUCGGCACCGUCGCCUGCAAGAUCGCCUUCUUCUUCCAGGUACAGUGGAGACCCGUGGGCAGCACGCUGUCGCUGAUGAUGCUGUCCCUGGACCGCUACGCCGCCGUCAAGCACCCCCGCGUGCUGGCCAAGAUGGGCCGCCAGAGCGGCCUCCCCGCCGCCACGCGGGUCUCGCCGCGCCGUGGGCCUGAUGCCGUCAGGACCUCACCGCGGCUAAUCGCACUCCGCAACACAGGUGCCUUAAGUCAGGCGGUAUGUUCGCAGGGCGGGACGUGCGAGGAGGAGUGGGGGAGCGCGUCACUGCGCACGGCCUACGUGCUGAGCCACAUCGGGCUGGUGUACCUGGUGCCGUGCCUGACGGUGGCGGGCUGCCACUGGGCCGUGGGCAGCAAGCUGUGCGCCGCCGCCACCUCCAGCGCCGCCGCCACGGCCGCCGCCCCCGUCGCGGGGCUGCCGCUGCCCCUGCCGAGACGGCCGCGACAGGUCAUCAUCGUGGCGGACGGGCAGUCCAAGGUGGUGCCGCUGCACGGCGCGGGCGACGGCGACUCCGACGACGACGACGCGCACAACGAGCAGAUCCGCGCCGACCUGGCGGAGCGGCAGCGGCGGCCGCGGAAGCCUCGGGACCGGCACGGGCCGCGCGCCCCCCGCGUCCGGAGGGCGUCCAGGUCGGAGAGGGCGAUCGUCCGAGCGAACCGGCGCCUCCGCCGGCCGCCGCUGGUGAAGCAGGCCUCCAGGCAGUCCCUGCAGAGUCGCCGGCGGCUCGCCAAGCUGCUGGUGGCGCUCGGGGGCGUCUUCGCCACCUGCUGGCUGCCCUACGUCGUCGUGAGGGUGUUCGCCGAGCUGGCCGCCGACGGCGAGUCGGUGCGCGAGCUGCUGCCCUUCGUGCUGCUGCUGGGGCACACGCACUCCGCCAUCAACCCGGUGGUGUACUGGCUGCUGAACCGCCAGACGCUGCGCUGGCCCGCCAUCUCGGCCCGCUGCACCUCCUGCCCGUGCUUCAUGGGCGACCUGCCGCUCAGGUGGCCGACGUUCCCCGGACGCCGCGACGCCCGCCUGGACUGGAACCCCCGCGCGUCGUCCACCAACGAGGCGGCCUUGGGGGCCUUCCACCCCAAGUACAACAAGGCCCGGCCGCAGCAGGCCGAGUACUGCCGGCCGAGGGCCUCGUCCGUCUUCCUCAACUAGGAGGCCGACGUGCAGUGGGCCAGCAAGCCGCUGGCGGCGGCCAAAAGUGCCGGACGC